AUGUCAGCUUCGAUCGCUGGAAGAUCGACAAUCCUGCGUGCGUUUUGCAGAGCGACGACAACAACAAGAGCAAGAAUUUCAGCAACGCCAUGCCCUUCGAUUCAGUCCAAUUUCAUGCCUAGUCGCUCUCCUUCUUCAAGGCUGUUGCGACGAGAAUUGAGCUCUCUUCAACCCCUCCACAGCGCCAUUGCUUCUGCUUGCCUUAUCUCCAAGCUCCCCGCCCUAGCCACCUCCUCCGAAGGUAGAUUUGUGAAUUAUCUCAGUCCUAUCUAG